CAAAUAACAAAGCCAGAGUGGAAAGAAGAGUCGUCCAGUGAUUAUCGGUGAUCAAUAGCUCCGGCAACAAGACUAUUAAUUUCUCCAUUCGACACUAAUCAGUACAGAGUGAUUGGGUCAAUAAAAAUCGAGCGAUGGGAGACCAGAAAUUACCGGAAAAAACGGAUUUACCAACGACUGGAAUCAUGGAGCAGGAUUUACACGAGCGUAACAGAGUUGGUGUACAGGAUUUUGUAUUACUCGAGGAUUUCAACAGUGAAACAGCAUUUAUCGAUAACCUGAGAAAACGAUUCAAGGAGAGUCUUAUCUACACAUACAUUGGUCAAGUACUGGUGUCAGUAAAUCCAUACAAGAGUUUACCCAUUUACAAUGAGUCAACGAUACAUUAUUACGAGGGGAGAAAUUUUUUUGAAGCACCACCACACAUUUUUGCACUCGCAGAUACGGCGUAUCGGUCUUUAGCAAAAGAGAAUCGUGAUCAGUGCAUCCUGAUAUCCGGUGAAUCGGGGUCUGGGAAGACAGAGGCGUCAAAGAAAGUCCUCCAGUUCAUCGCAGCGGCGACUGGGCACAAGAAGAAGGUCGACGCCGUGAGUGGAAAGCUCAUAGGUUCCAACCCAGUGCUGGAGGCCUUCGGUAAUGCCAAGACCAACAGAAAUGACAACUCCUCGAGGUUCGGAAAGUACAUGGACAUUCAGUUCGAUUUCUACGGGAAUCCCGUGGGUGGCAACAUCCUCAACUAUCUCCUGGAGAAGUCUCGCGUUGUGCAUCAAUCCUCGGGCGAGCGAAAUUUCCACAUUUUUUAUCAGCUCCUGGCUGGGGCUGACGACGAAACCCUGAGGAAGCUCUUCCUCAAGCGCAAUUUGGAUACUUAUUUCUACAUCAGCAACGGAACAAAAGGGACUGUUGACACUAUUGAUGACGUGGGUCAGUACAGACAAGUGCUGGACGCUAUGAAGACAGUGGAGUUGGAGCAGGGCGAACAGGACGAUUUAUUUGCAAUUGUCGCUUCUGUUCUUCACAUGGGAAAUGUGGGCUUCACUGAGGAAGAGGGAGUCGCCCAGAUUCUCAAGCCAGGAUCUGUGGAAGCUGUUGCUUCGCUGUUGGGUUGUGACGUGAAAAAAUUAGCAAAAGCCUUUACCCACAGGACAAUAGACGCCCAUGGAGACGUGGUAAUCUCUCCCCUCAACCGGGAAUUGGCUAUUUACGCGAGGGAUGCACUGGCCAAAGCUGUUUACGAUCGUUUGUUCACGUGGUUAGUCGCCAGACUAAAUAAAUCCCUUCAGCCAGAGCAUAACCGAGACAACGGUGUAAUCGGAAUUCUCGAUAUUUAUGGCUUCGAGAUAUUCCAGAAGAACAGUUUUGAACAAUUCUGCAUCAACUACUGCAACGAGAAACUCCAACAGCUCUUCAUUCAGCUGACCUUGAAGUCCGAGCAAGAGGAGUACCAGAGGGAGGGCAUCACCUGGGAACAUGUGGAGUUUUUCAAUAACAAAGUUAUCUGUGAUCUCAUCGAGGAGAAGUACAAGGGAAUAAUUUCACUUAUGGAUGAGGAGUGUCUGCGUCCUGGGGAUCCAACUGAUCUCAGUUUCUUGGAAAAGUUGAACUCCAAUCUUGGAUGCCAUCCUCACUACAUCAGCCACAUGAAGGCAGACAUUCAGACACAGAAGAUCAUGGGGAGAGAUGAAUUUCGACUGGUUCAUUACGCCGGUGAUGUCACCUACAGUGUUCGCGGUUUCCUAGAAAAAAAUAACGAUCUUCUCUUCAGAGAUCUCCGAGAAGUUAUGUCUCACACAUCGAACUCAAUAACUCACGCUAUUUUCGAUGUCAAGGACCUGACGAGUAAAAAACGUCCAGAUACAGCUGUAACUCAAUUUAAAAAUAGUCUCAACAACCUCGUGGAUAUUCUCAUGGGGAAAGAGCCGUCUUACAUUCGAUGCAUCAAGCCAAAUGAUUUUAAAAUUUCAGGGCAAUUUAACGAUAAAAUUGUUCUUCAUCAAGUCAAGUAUCUGGGACUGAUGGAGAAUCUGAGGGUCAGGCGAGCUGGUUUCGCUUACAGAAGGCCUUAUGAACAAUUUUUGCAGAGAUACAAGUCCCUGUGCCCCAAAACCUGGCCGUUCUAUCGUGGAAGCGCUAAGGAAGGAGUUCAACUUCUUGUUUCACACCUCAAGUAUUCGGAUAAUGAGUACCAAAUGGGAAACACAAAAUUAUUCAUCCGCUUUCCAAAGACCCUGUUCUCAACUGAGGACGCAUUCCAACGAAAGAAAAACGACAUUGCUGCGAUAAUCCAGAGCAAAUGGAAGGGCCGAGUGCAGAGACAAAAAUACUUGAGGCUUAAGUACUCAACUAUAAUUCUCCAGAAGUACACACGACGUUGGAAGGCCAGGAGGGAGGCAGAGAAAAGGAGGAAAGCGGUGGCGACGAUCCGAAGAUUCAUCGAGGGUUUUAUAACGAGAAAUGGUCCACCCACGGAUAUCAAUGCCGCAUUCAUCGAAUUGGCAAAGUCUCAGUGGCUCCUGAGGCUCUCUAGGACACUGCCCAAAGGAGUCCUCAAUGACUCUUGGCCUCCUUGUCCUUAUGCUUGUCGAGAGGCAUCAGAACACCUGAAACAAAUACAUAAGAGGUACAGAGCCCACGUCUACCGAUCAUCCCUGUCUGCAGACGACAAACAGCAACUCGAUCUGAAGGUUCUCGCGGAGAAACUCUUCAAGAACAAGAAAAAGUCUUAUUCCAAGAGUUUGGGCCCCAGGUUCAUCGACGACAGACUCGGCAAUGAAUUCUCUACACUUAAGCAGAACUUCAUUGCCACUAUUUUACCCACCGGCGAGACCAUCAAGUACUCUACACCUGUCAUCAAGUACGAUCGUCAUGGGUAUAAGCCACGAGAGAGGAUAUUGAUUCUAACGGAAAUGGCUGUUUACAUUCUCGAUACUGGAAAAUCGUUGAAGCUCAAGCAUCGAUUGCCUUAUGAAAGUAUUCAAGAGCUUGUGGUCACUGGGGAGUCUGAUAAUCUGUUAAUUGUGAGGAUUCCUCCAGAGCUUAAAAAAGAUAAGGGAGAUCUCAUUCUGGAGGUCGAACACAUCAUCGAGGCCCUCACUAAGGCCAUUGAUAUCACCAACAAUCCGAGGAUCUUAAAUAUCGUCAACAAGGAAUCGGUUUCACACAAACUAGUCAGUGGAAAAGAAGGUACAAUCGAGUUCACAAAAGGAACAACGCCAGCAAUAACGAAAAAUCGACAAAGUGGUCAUCUUCUAGUGGUAAUUAAUUCUCUCUGAACUUUCUAAUUAUCCCUCAGCACUCUCAACUGAUCAUUCACCCACUAUUUAAAUAUCUAUUUCCACAGGUGGCGUCUCCAUAAAUUCGUGGUGCUUCUCCCUUGUAAAAAUGUGAUUUUAGAGGAGGAAUACUAAAGAGAUGAUAAAUAAUAUAUUGAGAUGCAUGGAAUCCAGCUGAUUGUGUGCCAUGAGAACAGGAGCAAAUGUUCCUCAUUGUUUAGCAACAUUAUUAUCAGAGAUGUAUAAAUAUUACCGAAAUGUAACAAAAUGAAAAAUUUUGAGGUUAAACGUUUAAAAUUACUUGUGUAUUUUUUUGAAGGACUAGGUAAUUAUUGGGAGCUUACAUCAGGACUUUUGGGACGUCGGGGGUUUACUCUCCUUCUUAGUCAGUGAUUUUUUUCCCUCCAGAGCUUUAUCACGAAGUUCAUUCUCCAUUGCCCUAUUCACUGUUUUUGUUAUCAUCUGUUUGAGCUUGUGAGCCUCCUCGAACUUUGAUUUUUUUGGUUUUAUGGGAGCAUCUGCAAGUAAAAACACCAAAUCAUGCAAAAUAAAACUGACACGAUGAGAAUAAUUGAACUGUUAUCAACAUUUCCGGAUAAAACGACUCAUCAGACGGUUAGAACGACUAAGAAUGUCUCAUUGGAAUUGUUUUGAUAGUCUCGAAAAUGGACUUACUGUUUCGUCUCUGCACUUGAAGGCCCUUUUUACCCCCUUUGGCCUGGGUCUUCUUUCCUCCCGGUGUCGAGGUCUUUACCUUCAGCUUUCCCUGUGCCAUUUCCCCACUGAAAUUGUUUUUUAGUCAACUCAGAGACGAUUCGUUCCCACAAACUGACUGUACACGUGAGUUUGUGUAUAAUAUCGCGAUUUUUUAGGUUAUGUAGGGCUCUGCUCUCUUCAGGCACUCACACGAACUAAUAAAUUUCGCAGGAAAAAAUAUUUUACUGCGCAAAAGUAGUAAUACAAGCAGCCGCCGUUUUCAAGUACAUAAUGUAUAUAAUUUUUAUGUACAUAUAACUUUCAACGGUUUUUUUCAUAAUUAAAGUGACAAAGUCCGUUUCUCAUUCAACAAUAUUUCGUAUUUUAUGAUAAAUGUUCCUCUCUCCCUUUUUGAUUCCCAUGUACAGACGAUUUUUAAUAAAUUUAUGUUUUUUUUCUAACGCAUUUAAAUUAAAUUGACUGUACUCACAGUAAUUUUUCUUUUUUUUUAGAUUUUCGUCGGAAUACCUAAUGAAAGUUAGCAAUAUUUCAUUAACAAUACAUUCCAGAAUUGAAUAUUCUGGUGAAUAGAGCUUCGAACAGACAUGUCAGUUGAAGAACUGCGUUUCAUUUUUUAUGCUGAGUGUGAAGGUCCUGCCGAUAUUACGAAGAGAACCAACUCCUUUUGAGGAUUCCAUCGAAGUUGACUCGUUCAGGUUGUGUGCAACAUGGUCAUCCUCAAGAGCAAUAAGAUGGAGGACAGUGCAAACUACCUGAAGAGAGAAGCUGAAGACUUUAUGGUGGGACUUGACUGAAACUUGAUUCAGCUUCAAGGGUUGGGUCGAGCUACCCCCACCACCACGAAAAUUGUGCACGGAAACCUGCACCUGGUCCAGGGAAAAGGGAAUAAGGGAAACUUGAGAGGUGAAAAUGAACAAAAAGGAAGGAGCCUGUGACGUCAGAAGUUUUCCUCUCUGAGGGUUUUAUGCCUCUUUGUCCUCUAGUACAAUGACUAAAGGCGAAUCUACAUCUGCUCAUCAUAGGAACCAGAAGAAAUUUUUGGGAUAAAUCAUGUUGAGAUUUUAUGAUUUGG